AUUCAUUCAACCCCAAUCUACUAUCAAUUAAUUAGUGAUUUUUAUCACGCUCUGAGUUUGAUUUUAUGUUGUUUUGUUUUCUAUGUCUGGUCUAAUGCUGAUUUCAGCUCGUGAGGCUUCUAAACAAUGUGGCUCAAGAAAAUUUGAAAACUAAUUUUAUGUGUUCUACUGGAAUUAUUGGGACUGAUUAUAAAAGGAUUAGCGUAGGGGCUUAAUCAAGUUUAUAAAGUUUUCAUUACUGUUACUGCAAAAAUAUGUUCUGGAUACUUCAAAAACAGAGGCUCUUCAUUUAGUUAGAUAUUGUCGAAUUGACAUCAUUGUAGCAUUGCUUGUACUGGGAAUCGUGCUGAUAUUCUUCUAUAACUCUUUUAGCUUCCCAGCUACCUGGAGCAGUUAUUAGCAGAAAAAUUUGGACGAUAAUGUUUUCUAAGUUAGAAUUUUUUAUGUAAUUUUGCAAGUUUGCGAAUUGGUAGUUGAGUAGUUUUGAAUCACAUUCUCGAGUUAGUUUUGGGAGUAGAAAAAGGAGGCUAAAACUUUUAAACUUAGAUGUAUGAUUUGGUAUCAGUACUAAUUUUGUCUAUCUGAAAAUGGUGUUAUUUUAAUAUUAGAACUCCCAACUGCUGUAAUGGGAUUGAUCAUUGCUAUUAGUCGCAUAGCAUUAAAAAUAAAUUUAUGUCAUGGAUAAUUUGUUUCAUCUAUGUUUUGAUUUCGGGCAUUGGAGAUGGAGGCAACUUGGGAAACUAUACUAAAACAUAAUUAUGAUUAAAUUAUUAUUUUUUCUAGAGAUAUUGAUGAGCAGUAACCGAAAAGAUAGGUAGAUAGGUUAUUAUAGUUAGCUCCUCUAGUUUAACUUCUUUUGGUAAUUUAUCAUAAGGAACAUGGUAUAGAGAAGGGUCUCCCAGUUUGGGUUGAGCGAAGUUUUCUUUCUGACCUUUGUGAUUCAAAGUGAUGAAUGCCCCACCCCCCAAGCUUCCUAGUUGGAUGGAUAUCUAUGAUUGAUUGUACAAUUUCAUAUUUGGAACAUUUACUGUAUUCUUUGAUACUACUUCCUCUUUCCACUAUUAGGAGUCCCGAUUUGCCAUUUCGGUUAGUCCGCGAUUAGGAGUUCGGGUUCACUUUUACUAUAAAUAAAUAGUAGUAAUAAGUUUAAAGCCGUGACGAACUCAACCGGGACUCCUAAUCGCCGACGGAGGAAGUAUUAUUGAUAUAUAUUUUUCAUUCUUGCGUGUAAAAGUUGAAUUUAUGUUCCAAGUAAAUUGCAUUAAUUUUUUCCGUAUAAACUGUUCACAUUUCUACUCUCACUCUCUCAGUAUGUUUUCCAAAGCCACUUCCUCAUUAAUAUUCUGUCCCAAUGCCAAAGAAAUGUGAAAGUAGUUCUAGCUUGUUGGCUUUUCAGUUGGUUAAAAGUGUGUUAAUUGGUUGCUAUGCAAUUGCUACACUUUAGCUUAUUUUUUUUGUUAAAUUUAAUAUGUGAGAUGGAGGAUACACUUGUAGACACAUCAUGUGCCAGUGGGUGGAGAAUCUUUAUGGUUUUGUUAUAUUGUACUGAAGCUGUAUAAAACUGGUAGGCAACAAAGAUUACAAAUCAUGUUGAGCUGUCAAAACUGUUCGGAAAGUAGUUAUUUUCAUGUAAGAGUCCAGCUAACUGCAAUAUGGUAGAGGGUGGUAAAACAAUGGCCAAUAAAAGAAACCAGUCAAAGGAUGGGGGGUUACCACAAAAGAUGAAAUCAUAUGAAUCAAUGCAGAAGCUCAUUGGAACGCAGUCCUUUUUUCUGUUGUUGUAUUUUCCCCAUGAGAUUGCCAAUAUCCAUAUCCAUAAAUAUUGAUGGUUAGGAUUAGAUCAUGCAGUUUCAGUGAUCUAAUAUGUAGAUAUUUCUUUUUAUAGAGUUAUUAUUGCUUGAUCUUGUUUGCAAAAAAUAUGAAGUAAGAACUAAACAUAAUUACUCCCUCGGUCCCAAGGAAGAUGACCCCUUCCUUGGGCGGCACGGGAUUUUAUGUAACUUUAUUUUUUGUGUUAAGUGGAGAGAUUUUAGUAAGAGAGAUGUAAUAAAGUAGAGAUAAAGAUGUUUACAUUUUUAGUAAUGGGUCAUCUUAAUUGGGACAAACCAAAAAUGAAAGUGGGUCAUCUUCAGUGGGACGGGGGGAGUAUAUUUUUAAACAGAUUUUUUGAGAUAAUUUAUAUUUAGGAUUUAUGCAUCAGGAUGAUAACACACGCUGGUGAUAAAAUGUCCUUAUAAACUAACAUCAGGAUGAAACAUCCCGCUUAGGCUGGGAUGGAGAGAGUACGUUUUUGUCUAAAAUUCAUCCCUUAUUUUGGUUUUGUGAUGUGCUUUGCUGAGCUGCGACAGCUAUAAAUUGACCUUGUUUUCGUUUAAGUACAGUUCUAUACCUCUAGCUCAAGUUAAUUGAUGGUAUAUGUCAUCAGGUGUGGCUUAUGAUUCUUGCUGUGCAAGAUUGAGGGAUGUGGGUGAGAGGGAGAGGGCUUUGGUUGGUGGGAGUGACGUUCAUAAUGAGAGGCUGUGAUUACGAACCUCUGAUCUGUGUGGCAAUUUUUCUAUUUUUAUUUUUUCUUUUGUGGUGGUGGAUUGUGGGGGAAAUUCUUUCAGUUUCUUAAUAUGAAAUUCUUUUGUGUGUCAAGAGAGGGAUGCUGUUUCUAGAAAUUGAUUGCUGUUUAGUCAUUUCUGAUUUGUUGAUUCUUCUGCCUUCUAUUUAUCCUUAGAUAAAGCAGCAGCAGUGUGUUUUGAUAUGGUUCCAUGCUCUAAUGUUCACUUCUGUAAGUAUGUCCCUCAUAUUAUAUGUUAAAUGUUUGUUACAGGUACUUGCCUCCUCAGCUAUGGCAAACUCCAAGGGAUCAUCUACUGUUAGAAACAUGAUGUACAAUGGGAAGAAUCCGUUAUUGCCUCCUAAAAGCCCAUUUCCUAGCAUAUCUCCAUCAUAUGCAGAAUAUAUUCCUACUUCAGUGAUUGGUUCAAAAGCUCUUCCAAAGCCCAGAGACGGAAGUCCACAUCAUCAACGUACUUCUUCUGAAAGUUUUUUGAUAGAGGAACAACCGUCUUGGCUAGAUGAACUCCUCGAUGAACCAGAAACGCCUGUGCGUAAAGGAGGUCAUCGUCGCUCAUCGAGUGAUUCUUUUGCAUAUAUUGAUACAGCUAAUGCUGGAAGCAUGAACUAUGGAGCUCAAGAUGAUACCAAGUUCAAGAAUAUGAUUCCAUUGCCUUCAUGGGGAUCUCUAGACUUUGAUUUUCAUAGGGAUAUGCGGCAAAGUUCUUUUUAUUUGGAUCCAACCCAUUCUGGCAGAACAAAGAACAAGCCAUGGGAUGCGCCUGUAAAUUCAAUUGCACCUCCUCGUGGCCUUCCUUCUAGGGAUGUUGCCACCAUCCAGAAUGCUGGAUCAGUGAACUCGUCACUGGAUGUUGAUAGAAAUCCAACUUCUUCUGCUCAAAAGUCAGAUGUUGAAUCUUUUUCUCAAGAUCCAAAGGGCUCCUUUGAGAAAAAAGACACUCACGUGAAGAAUCUGGCAUCAGAUACAGAUACAAAACGAGCCAAGCAGCAAUUUGCUCAACGUUCACGCGUCCGAAAGCUUCAAUACAUAGCUGAACUCGAAAGACACGUUCAAGCUCUACAGUUGCAGGCAGAAGGCUCUGAAAUUUCUGCUGAGCUUGAAUUUCUCAACCAGCAAAACCUUAUUCUCAGCAUGGAAAAUAAAUCCAUGAAGCAACGUUUAGACAGUUUAUCUCAGGAGCAACUAAUCAAGUAUUUCGAACAUGAGGUGUUGGAGAGAGAAGCAGGAAGACUGCGAGGCCUAUAUCAGCAGCAGCAGAAACCACCACAACCACAGCAGCAGAUAUCUUCUAGCCAUCGCCGUGCCAAGAGUAGAGACCUCGAUCAACAGUUGGCUAAUCUUUCCCUGAAACUCAAGGAAACAAGUUCUGGUCAGGAUUCUCUCUCUGGCCAGCUUCAUAUGUAGAGUACUAUUUCUCGACUUAUUAUUGUGUUUCCAAGUGCUAACCAGCCCUCUCAACUGACGAUGCAUGCUGAUGACCGAAAUUACUCCACCUACAUGGGAGGAAAGCCAGACUGGUCAUUCGGUCCUGUGCUACAACGCACCUGUUUGCAUUGCUUGUGUUUCUGUUUUCCCUUUAGUACCUUGUUUUCAAAUGUAAGUGACCAUUGUCUCUCCUAAGGUUAGUGGCAUGUGCGCCUGGUAGUCCUCGCUCGAAAAUAGGAGUUCUGGCGGAUGACUGACCCGAGGUGGUUAUCACCCGAAAAUGCUAGGUUUAAUGUACCCUAAGUGAUUAAUAAUCUGUCUUCCCAUUUAUGUUGCCUCCUGCAAGUUGGUUGUUAGUAUUUGCUAGCAAUUUGUCAUGUGACAUGUCACAAUCAAUUCUUCAUUUAUGCAGUUACCGUUGCAUUUA